AUGAAGGAAGGCAGGAAGGGGAGAGACACUGUGCAGAUGAAUUCUGCAGUGCAAGUUGGACUAACACAGACUAGAAUUGGUAACUCGGCAAUGCGACUAACUCUGAUGAGUUCCAAUAUUCCUGCCCCCUCUGAUAGAGGAAUGCAGAAGAGUGCUAAUAAAGUAUGUGACCAGAUCGAGGAACUCAAUAAGACUGACAUGGGUGGAGUUAGAAAGAGAAUACGAGAGAUCAACACACACCGAGGAAACCCACCAAGUAAAGUGGACCUGAUGGUCGAUGCCACCUACAACAACCCAAUCUAUUCCGGUGGAGGAAAGACUCCAUUGCAGCCAGCAUCACAGGUUAUGUUCAGCACCAUAGAACACAACACCAAGGACCAGUAUGUGUUAGACCUAGUCAUCAAGAACAAACUCUGCAAUAUAUGGCCACCCUGUGACAGUGAACAUAGCUCGCACUGUAAAGGUAACUUACCUCUAGCCUCGUCGAUUUGUAAUGAACAAGCAUACUGUUCUGAGAGUCUGGAGAACCUUAAAAGAGAUGGCCUGGAAGUGGACAAGCUUGUUACUGACACAGGUGCGAUCAAGGCUGCUGACAAGAUAUACAAAUGUUGUACAUCAUGUACAAAGCCACAACACUAUCUGGACCCCAUUCAUCUCAACCUGACAACCAAAAAGGUAGAAUCUGUGAACAGACGGUUAAAGCGGUCUCUUCCCUCAAGUGUGAACUUUACUCGUAACUUCUCCGGGAGAGCUCAUAGGGCUGUGUAUUCUGUGAACCAUAGACCGGGCAAUGCCAUUAAAGAACUGUAUAGUGGAGUUGGGUGUCCUAUAACAGCUGGAAGCUCUGUGUCCAAGGACCUGGAUAAUGAACAGAAAAGACAUUUAUAUAAUAAAGCGCUUAGUAAAUCAAUCAAGGGCAAGAUUCAGAAGGAGACGGAAAAAAUCACUACAUGA